AUGACGGCCGAGACCAUGUCCGACGGCGACGGAUACAGCCGCGAACUGUGGCUGAACGCGAUCGCCGCGGCGCUGGGUCUGACCUACUCGGCGUACCAGCAACUGCGGGCCGCCAGGACGCUGCCACCCGGGCCGUGGGGCGUACCGUUCCUGGGGUACGCGCCGUUUUUGUCCAACCACUGCACGUACCUCAAGUACAACGAGCUGGCCCGCCGGUACGGGCCCAUAUGCUCGUUCACGCAGCGCGGCAACACCGUCAUACUCCUCAGCGAUCACAAGCUCAUCAAGACCGCGUUCGACAUGAAGCAGAUCACCGGCCGGCCCAACGACGGGUACAUGGACAUCAUCGGCGGAUACGGAGCGGUAAAUAGUACUGGGAAGUUAUGGGAGUCGCAAAGGAAGUUUUUACAUUUAGUACUUCGACAUAUGGGGAUGACGUUCACGGGCCACAACAGGUUGAACAUGGAAAACAGAAUAAUGAUCGAAGUGUCAUCGUUAACGGAAACAUUUCACAAGACUUGUGGCAAACCAAUAGAUCUAAAUGCCGGUUCGUUAUGUCUGGCCAUCACCAACGUGAUUAGUUCAAUAACGAUGAGUGUUAGAUUCGAACCGAACGACCCGCGCUUCGAGCGAUACAUGCACAUGGUCGAUGAAGGUUUCAAGCUGUUCGGCAUGUUGAGGCCGGUGAGUUUGUUUUUGCCGAGACGUCAUAUUAAUGACGAGCGAAACAUACAGGAAAAAAUCAAGAAUAACCAUCGAGAAAUCUCCGGAUACUUUCAAAAUAUUAUUGAAGAACACAGGAGUACAUUCGAUCCGAAUUAUAUUCGAGACCUGAUCGACGCUUAUUUAUUGGAAAUAAAACGCUCUCAGGAAGCCGGCACGAUGGACCAACUAUUUCAGGGUUUGGAUCCGAAUCGGCAGGUUCAGCAAAUUCUCGGUGACUUGUUUUCGGCCGGUAUGGAGACUAUUAAGAAUACGAUUUUAUGGGCCAUGGUGUACAUGCUCCAUUAUCCGGAUGUGAUGACCAAGGUGCAAGAGGAAAUCGAUUCGGUAGUGGGUCAAUAUAAAACGCCGGUGCUCGAUGAUUACCCCAAUUUACCAUAUACACAGGCUACCUUAAACGAAGUAUUGCGGAAAUCGAGUAUCACGCCUUUAGGCACAACACACGCAACUACCAGUGAUGUAACACUCAAUGGUUAUCAUAUACCGACUGGCGCUCAGAUCAUACCUUUACAACACUUUGUGCACAACGAUCCGAACUUAUGGGACGACCCGGAGGCAUUCAAUCCUGAGAGAUUUAUAAAUGUUGACGGCAAAGUGAAAAAACCCGAUUUUUUUUUACCUUUUGGAGUCGGUCGGAGAAAAUGUCUGGGUGAGACGUUAGCUCAAAUGGAACUAUAUUUAUUCUUUUCAACCUUGUUACACGAAUUCGAUAUAUGUCUACCUGAUGGUGAUGAAUUACCUAGCAUGGACGGUCAAGUCGGUAUCACACUAACUCCACAAUCGUUCAAGGUCGUCAUGAAAGCGCGUAACAAAUAGAUUUAAUUUAAUUUUUAUUCGCAGAUCCUCUUAUUUAGGUUAUUUAUGUAUUUUUAAUUGAAUAUUAUGU